ACAAUGGUGUGUAUAUGGUAGGUAUGUACGUGGCAAGAAGUUCAAUUUAUAACAUUUUUUUUAUAACGUAUGCAGCGCCCCCAUUGAAUCACAACAAUCACAAAACUGAUUGACAGGUCUAAAAGAAAGAAAUAGCAAGUGUCACGUAAACAAAAGUUGGUUGAUUGAAAAUAUUGAAAUGAAACAAAAUCAGAACAGAAACAUAUAAAAUAUUUCCGUUUUAUUAAAAUAUUUCUACUCAAACGUACACAAGAUGUUUUCCGCACUUAAAAAGCUCACAAAAAUCAACGAUGACCGUUGCCCUGCUCCGAUGCCUAUGUCUUCCUCACUACAGAAGAAGUUUUCUAGAGGGGUUCAUUUCAACAUGAAAAUAUUAAUCAAAGGAGACAGGAAUGUAGGUAAAUCUUGUCUUCUCCAAAGACUGCAAGGAGGAGCUUUUAUAGAAGAUUAUGUGCCUACGGACCAAAUACAAGUAGCGCCUAUACAUUGGGCUUAUAAAAAUACAGAUUAUAUUGUGAAAGUAGAAGUUUGGGAAGUAGUGGACAAAGGAAGAACUAAGAAAAAAGCUCCACUAGGGCUGAAACUUGAGAACCAAGCUCCUCCCACUGUCCAAGAAGAUAGCUAUGAAUCACCAGUGUUAGAUGCCACAUUUUUAGAUGUUUACAAAAAUGCUAAUGGAGUAAUUUUAAUGCUAGAUAUAACAAAAAUAUGGACAUUUGAAUAUGUGGUCAAGGAACUUUCUAGAGUUCCAGCAGAUCUUCCAGUGGUGAUCCUUGGGAACCACUGUGACAUGCAGCAUCAUCGCCAGGUCCAUCCUCACCACAUAGAACAAGCACUCCAUCAUGCUAAACUCUCCAGAACAGCACCAGUUCGUUACGCCGAGUCUUCCAUGAGAAAUGGUUUUGGGUUGCGCCUCUUACACAAAUUCCUCAACAUACCAUUUCUUAAACUACAAAAAACUAGUUUAUUGGAACAAUUGCAACGAAAUCAAAAGGAUAUUGAAGAGACUGAAAAAGAACUUGAUAAUUUUCAGAGCUCAGAAGAGUCGCAUUAUGAAACUUUUGUUGAUCGCUUGGCAAACAAGAGGAGGCAAAGUAAUGAAAUUCGGCCAAUCAACGACAGAUCUCCUAGUAUUGUACUCGGCGCCGGCAAACCGAUUAUCCCGCCUAAUGUUAACCCAUUGUUGGCACAAUCGUUAAAUCCGUCAAAGCCACAAAGCCCAUUAGGAGAAAUACAACCACAAUUGAAUCAGUAUGUGAGUCCAGAGCUUUACAAACCGAAACAUCAAGUCAGUAUGGAAAUGACGCCCUCACGCCCACGACAUGACAGCGCAAAGGCAACACCGACUGGAGCAAAUGUGCCCGUCUCUGGAUCCGGCUUGGAUGAAUUCUACGCGGGAACGCUGGAUAGCAGUUUUUUGGAGGAUCUCGCACCUUUGCCGCACACUACUCAAGAAAUAGGUUAUGAAACUGACAGUGAUGAUGAGAGUGUGAGAAAUCCAAGAGUAACGGUCGACGAGGACGACCUAGACAUCGAAGUAUCUCACAGCCCACCAGACCUUGAUUUUACAACUACAAGUACAAUGCCAAAAACGGCCGUAAGCCAAACUAUGCCAGUUUCAAGAACUGUAAACGAUGUCGAAUUAAAUAAGUUUUUGCAUAAUGUUAAUAUUAGUAAUGAUGAUGUGGAAGAUGUAGAUACAUCGGCUUCUGUUUUGGAUCCACGACAUCGUAUCUCGUUGGAGUUGGAUAGCGAGUUCCCUAUGUGGGCAGCUGGAGAUUCUAGCGCAAGGAGGUCGCCGGAAGGUGGUGAAGAUCCAGAAGUAGCAAAAGAACCGGAUGUAAAGGUUGAGAAGAAACAUAAGAAAAAGAAAUCAAAAGACAAGGGCGAUUACGGUGACAAAUCUGACCGUAAAGACAAGAAGCACAAGAGUCGAAAAUCCAAAGAAAAGAAGUCACAUCCGCAGCAAGACUUGCUAGCGCCUGCUGCCGUCGGAUUCUACUACGAUGAGUAUGACAGCAUCUAGUAAAUGUAAGAAACUGCUGCGAUGUUCUGAUUAUUAAAAUGAAAACGAAAUAUUGAAAUAAGUGUAUAAACUCGGAUCUUCCGCGAAUGUUUAGUAAACAUUAAACAAAAACACAUACACAAAACGUUCAUAUCUUUUUACACACACUUUGACAACCCUAGAAAUUAAGUCGUGGAUGAUUUAAGAACAUUUUCGCGACUCGCCCGAAUUUAUUUUAUACGUGUUUUCCACUGGGCACGAAAUUGAUCGUGUAGGGCAAAAAACGCACGUUUUGCCCUGCUUGAACCCGGCUUUACCAAGUCUAAUUUUAAUGACAAGAAUGCUUAGUACGUUUUGGUGGUGCAGAGGGCGAAGUACGGGUUUGCAUUUCACUUCCACUAUCGAGUCGAUUCAAAGUGAGACGCAACGAACUAAGCACAGUGCGGUGUGAUUGGUUAGUUGCGCCUCACUGCGAAUUGACUCGAUUGUGAGAUGUAAACAGCAAAGUGUUGAUGGUAAUUAUUUGAAGUAUGUUUUAGGAAAGCUAGGUCGAUGAAAAGGUGAUCAAGGUGUAGCUUUUUUAUCAGGCGACGUAUCUUUUGUUUACUGUUUUGUUUCUGUAUUCAAAUCCUUCACGAAAAUAUCAUAAACAAAAUAGAAAAUGUGAAGCAAAAUUGUAUCAAACGAAUACAGAUUUUAAAUUUAAAUGAAUGGACCUAAGACUGAUCUCUAAUAUAUAGAUAGCAGUCUAGUUAUAGAAAUUACAUGAACAAAUCGUUUCUUAUUUUCCUAGAAGUGAACAAAUAAAGUUAAACUAUUUUGUUUACUAUUGCAUAAUAGUUCAGAUAAUGCAUACUUUCCAUACUUAUACUCAGUAUAUAUACAUGCUUAAUAUUAUAAAAGUGAAAGUGUGUUUUAUCGUCCUUCUUUUGAUUGAGGAAGCUAUUAGGUAAUAAGGCAUAUGUUACCGGCCAAACCCGAUUCCAGGAUAAACUAGUUUUACCUAAGCUAAACUAAUUCUUCCUACAUGCGAUAGGAUAAACUAGUAUAGCCUAGGCUAAACUAGUUCGUCCUAAGCCCGAUAGAAAAAACCAGUUUAGCCACUAAGUUAUCCUUAUAGAGAUACACACUCUCAGGAUAAACUGGCAUGACCUAGUCUAAACAUUAUAGAACAUCUAGAAAGACAAAAUAAAUAGGUAAAUUGAAUAAAAUACUAUUUAAUUAAAAUUAAUAAUUUCACUAAAACGAUAACGGUAAAAUAAUCACAUUCUAACAAUUAAUAAAGUAUUUUUAAUAAUAUUAAAACAAUAAAGUAUUUUUUAUAUUAAAAAUACUAUAUUUAUGCUAUUUCGGAGACUUAGUUUGUUGGACUAGGCUAAAUGAAUUUAGACCUGUUUAACCUGAGUGUGUUUAUAUCUAUCAGGAUAAACUAGUUUGGCCUAGGAUAAACUAUUUUUUCCUAUAUGCGAUAGGACGAACUAGUAUAGCCUAGGCUAAACCAGUUUAUCCUAUCGCAUGUAGGAAGAAUUAUUUUGCCUAGACAAAACUAGUUUAUCCUGGAAUCGUGUUUGGCUGGUAACAUAUAUAUAUAUUUUACCUUCUCUACUAAACUCAGACUAAGAUUUAAAAUUUCAAUAAUGGUCAAUCGUUUACAUUUUACAGCGUAUUUUAAUUUACCUAUAAAGUGCAUUAUAUAUUUGAGACUUGGGCAUUUCUGGUCAGCUUAUACCUCACAAUCUUGCUUAUACUUUUUUUUAUCUUUUAAAAGCCCCAUAUUGUUAAGUACAUAUUUUUGUCAUACCUACUAUCUGUAUUUGUAGAUAUGAUUAUUGGUUUAUUAAAGUAUAAAAAAAUAUCAUUUAUAAUGAACGUGAUGUCCGCAGCUUACUUAUGUGGCAAAUCAGCAAGCUUAAAAGAAUACUGCACUACUUAUAAAGGCUAUAAAUAUUACAAGAGAUUUUAUAACUAGAUAAGGAAGCGGAGUAGAUUUAUGCGAUAAUGCAAUGAGUAUUCAAGUUAAAUUAAAAUUGAUGUUCAUGUAGCUUUUCUAGCAGAUAAUAUUAUGAAUGUGUAUGGACAUAUACGUAUCCUGCGUAUGCAUAUUGUCUUGCGUAUUAAGUUUUUUUUUUAUGUUUCAUAAUAUUAUUUAUUGCACAGCGCGAAUCAUGGUCUUGAGGAAUUUCUUUCUUCUAUAUUAAGUACUUAUUUUAGAUAAAGUUUUGAUACAUCUAUGCCCCAUAAUACCUUUUUUUAAUGCCUUUUGUCAACUAUUACAUAAUCGAACUAAUAGAAUGCGUACAUAGUGAUUUUAUUAUUUUAAAGAAAAAAAACUUUUUAUUCCAAACACGUAAUAUUACAGCUUUUGAAGUCAUUCAGCCUUAACUACAGAUCCUAAACUAUAUAUGGGGUCGUUUUAUUAUAAAAAUAUUAUUGCAGGUGUAGCUAGAGAUUAAUUUGAGGUAGGGCAGUAGUAAAAAAAAUAUAUAGAGACCUAUAUAUUUUUUACUUUAUUACACCCAUAUCAAUUUGGUGAAAGGAGAAGGGCUUCCCAUCUAAAAGCAUAAAUAAUUUUGUAUUUGGUAUUUUUAUGGGCAUUGCCCCCUCCUCUAGCUACAGCCCUGUUUCUGGUCAUAGGAUCUAUCAUCAAGCUAAUCAGAAUACAAUUGAUGUUUGAUUCACAAAAAAAUAACUGAAGAAUUUGUUGGGUACUUGUACUGUAUGUAUAUAUCUGUUACCUCAAUGAAAUGUAUAAUAUGUUAUAUUGUUAUGCUUGUUGUAAAAAUAAAGUAUUAUCAUGAA